UCCGGGGUGCCCAGGCCGCGGCCAGCGUUCGGCGGGCGGCUCUGCGGCAUGGAUCCGGGGCCCGGCGCGGACGCGGCGCUGCCGCUGGCCGGCCUGGCGUGGUCGGCGGCCUCGGCGCCGCCGCCGCGCGGGUUCAGCGCGAUCUCCUGCACCGUGGAGGGCGCCCCCGCCAGCUUCGGCAAGAGCUUCGCGCAGAAGUCGGGCUACUUCCUGUGCCUGAACGCCCUGGGCGGCCUGGAGAACCCGCAGGACAACGUGGUGGUCGACGUGCAGAUCGUGGUGGACAAGAGCUCCCCGCCCCCCGGGUUCGUCGCCGUCUGCGACCCCCAGGACAGCAAGGCCUCCGUGUCCAAGAAGAAGCGCCUGUGCGUGAGGCUGGCGCCCCUGGGGGCGGCUGACACGGCCGUGGUGGACGUCCGCCUGAGCGGCAAGUCCAAGUCUGUGCCCGGAUACCUGCGCGUGGGGGACAUGGGCGGCUUCGCCGUCUGGUGCAAGAAAGCCAAGGUGCCCAGGCCAGUGCCCAAGCCCCGCGGGCUCAGCCGGGACCUGCAGGGCCUCUCCCUGGAGGCGCGGAGCCAGCCCAGUCCUGCCGGCAAGGGCGGCCCCCCCGAGCGUACGCUGUCCAGGCUGGGCUCGCGGGCGUCCACCCUGGGGAGAAAGGACUCCAUCUACGAGGCGUCCAGCCUCUAUGGCAUCUCAGCCAUGGACGGGGUGCCCUUCACGCUGCACCCCCGGUUCGAAGGCAAGAGCUGCGGCCCCCUGGCCUUCUCCGCCUUCGCGGACCUGACCAUCAAGUCGCUGGCGGAAAUCGAGGAGGAGUACAAUUACGGCUUCGUGGUGGAGAAGACGGCGGCCGCCCGCCUGCCGCCCAGCGUCUCCUAGCCCCCUCCCCGCUCCUGCCCUGGGGCCGGGGCUCGGCGUGGGGUCUCCCAGCCCGGGGCCCUGCAGGGCGGGGGCGGAGGGGGCGGGCCGAGCCCCCCAUACGGAAAUCAGUGCCUUCUCGACUUUUGUGUCAAAACCGCCGGGUGCCUGGCGGCGGCAGCGCAGCCCCGUGUAAUAAACACUACGACUCGG